AUGACGACCAGUAGUUGGCUAACUAUCGUUAGGAAAUCGGAUUCACACACAUGCGGGUACUUGAGGGCGUCGGCACCAUCAUCCAACUUGGCGGGCUAUUGGCUCGACUGUGCAAAUUGCAGAUUCCUUAAUCCUGUUCGUGAUGACGCAGAUGCUAUCUUGGAGGAUAUCGGCCUAGGAACCGUCCCGUCCACUCAGGCAGUUCAUGAUGAGAUCGAACGGAAACUACUUUCUCCUCCAGACAUCCUACCGGAGCAUUGGCUUCCCACUUACCAAGUGCAUUGGAAACAUGACGUCCAUAUACCUUCUCUAUUGUCGCUCGCUCCUGCUCCCCCACCAACGAGCUUGCAAUUUGUUCGUGCUGGAUUAGACGGCCACGUAACUGGCUAUGUCGAAGCCCCCAAUCCUCGUGUUGCCACCGCGCUGACAUCCAGCUCGAUGGACCGAGCCCCCGCGCCUCCCGCAAAUUUUGUUCGGGGAAAAUCAAGUUACAUUCCUUUUCAGCCGGGUGGCCUAGAUGAUGUGUUGUUAUCCUCAAAGACUGGGCAACCAACCGAGAGAGGACUGAGAACCGUAGCUCCUGGGUUAUCUAGGGGCUUACGACUCCCCGGCGACGAAGUCGACGACGAGACUCUUGAUGCGUUGGAGGAAUCACUGCGACCGAAAGCUGCUGCUGGUGACCUCGUGAUUGGCGAUGGCUUCCUGGUAGACGACGAACAACGUAUUGACUCGGGAAUAUCCCAGAACGGUCGCCCAACCGAGGUGGAUGAGUUACUACCAGCGGAUCGAUCCCUUCUCCGACCAACAAAAACAGGUCGCGUGAAGCGUUCCAAAGCAGCGAAGCGUGAAUGGGCUCAUGAGGUCGACGUCGGAAAACCGAUGACCAACUUCCACAAGCUUGUUCCGGUGAUGGCGCACAAGUAUCCCUUUGAACUGGAUACCUUUCAAAAGGAAGCAGUUUACCAUCUCGAGAUGGGCGACUCAGUGUUUGUUGCUGCUCACACUUCCGCUGGAAAGACAGUCGUUGCGGAAUAUGCUAUUGCGCUGGCAGAGAAACAUAUGACUAGGGCAAUAUACACAUCUCCUAUCAAAGCUCUAUCGAACCAGAAGUUCCGUGACUUCAAGCAGACUUUCGGUACUUCUUCAGUCGGCAUUCUCACCGGAGAUGUCCAAAUAAAUCCAGAGGCUAACUGUCUAGUUAUGACUACUGAGAUCCUUCGUAGCAUGCUUUACAAGGGUGCCGACCUCAUCCGAGAUGUGGAGUUCGUAAUCUUUGAUGAGGUUCACUAUGUCAACGAUGCAGAGCGAGGCGUUGUAUGGGAAGAAGUUAUCAUAAUGUUACCUGACCAUGUCAGCAUUAUACUGCUUUCGGCAACUGUGCCAAACACCAAGGAAUUUGCAGAUUGGGUUGGACGCACAAAGAAGAAAGACAUCUAUGUCAUUUCCACCUUUCAACGCCCAGUACCUUUGGAGUUUUACAUCUAUGCAGGCAGGGAUAUGUUCAAGAUCCUGGAUGCCAGACGUAACUGGCUUUCUGAAGGAUACAAGGAAGCAUCUGAAGCACUCAAGAGGAAACAAGACAAAGAGAGGGAAGCGGCUGGACUCCCCCCCCUACAGCGAGGCGGCGCGCGUGGAGCAGCACAACGUGGGCAACGAGGCGCAGCUGGGGGGCGCGGAAAUCAUCAGGGGUCUUCGUCACGUGGACUUGCAGCCCGUGGUCGCGGGGCUGGAGGUCCUUCGCGCACCAUUCAUACUGGUGCAGAUAAGAACUUAUAUGUCCAUCUAGUAAACCAUUUGCAGAAGAAGGGGCUCCUCCCCGUCGUCGUAUUCACACUUUCAAAAAAGAAAUGUGGAGAGCACGCCAAUACAUUGUCGAACGCCGACCUCUGCACUUCCGCGGAAAAAAGUGAAGUCCAUGUCACGAUGGAGAAGGCGUUGUCCAGACUGAAAGGUUCGGACAAAAAAUUGCCACAGAUAGCUGAGAUGCGCUCUUUUUUGUCCCGUGGUAUUGGCGUGCAUCACGGUGGGCUCCUUCCAAUUGUCAAAGAGGUGGUAGAACUCUUGUUUUCUCGGGGACUUGUUAAAGUUCUGUUCGCCACCGAGACGUUUGCGAUGGGCGUCAAUAUGCCUGCAAAAUGCGUAGUAUUCUCCAGCACCCGAAAGCAUGACGGGCGAAAUUUUCGUCAAAUACUCCCAGGAGAAUGCACACAGAUGGCUGGUCGUGCUGGUCGGCGCGGACUUGAUUCGACAGGGACCGUGAUUAUUGUCGCAGGCAAUGAGUUACCGGAGCAAGGAGACCUGAGCAACAUGAUCCGUGGAACGCCAGCAAAGUUACAGUCACAGUUCCGGCUAACAUAUAAUAUGAUUCUCAAUCUCUUGCGAGUCGAGACCUUGCGGGUAGAAGAGAUGAUCAAGCGCAGUUUCUCUGAGAAUACGAGUCAACGACAAUUACCAGAAAAUCAGAAAAAAAUCUUGGAGCACGAGCGAACGCUUUCAUCGUUCCCUAAACUCGAGUGUGGCAUCUGCUUGGAAGACAUCGAAACCUACUACGACUCCUCGCAAGCGGUAGCUUCCCAAAACAACCGACUCCUGGAGAUGGUCUUAAAACAUCCAUCUAACCAGAGCAUCCUGAACCCUGGGAGAGUAGUAAUUAUCAGGGAUCAACUUUUUUACCCAUUCAAAAUCGCUGUUUUAUUAAGGCCCGACCUUCGUGAGAGAUCUGCAGACAAGAAGUUCUUUGUAUUGGCCGUCGUAGAUCAAAGAAGCAAAACCGGGAACUUCGAUGUGAAGGAAGACGUUCCUCCGAGAUGGUGCUCGAAUGCUCUUUCACUUACAGUGGAAAAUGCAACAUACCGAUUCGAGACGGUGCCGAUAAGCAGCAUUUCCUUGGUAACAAACAAGAUAAUCAAGGUAGACGCUUCAGGAAUCAUUGAAGACCGCAAGAAAUCCUCCAUGCUUGAAACAGUGACUCUCUUGCAAUCUACAGUCCAGGAAUGGUUGUCUAGCGGUACAAUUCCGGAGGUUCAAUGGGGACGUGUGCGCCUGCUGGAAUUUCAGGAAGCUCUACGAGAAAGGGAUCAAAUUUUGCGCGGUAUCGAGAAAGAUCACUAUCUCGUCUUGCAUAGAGCUAAAAUCUUGGCUAAAAGCAUUGCCGAACUGAAGGCCGAGAUUUCGGAACAAAAUUUAGAGCUUAUCCCUGACUAUGAGCAAAGGAUUGCAGUGCUUAAAGAGCUCAAUUUCAUCGAUGAAAAUUCCACUGUCCAACUGAAGGGGCGCGUGGCGUGUGAGAUAAAUUCUGCCAACGAACUUAUUCUCACCGAGCUCAUUCUCGAGAACACCCUUGGUAACUACGAGCCGGAGGAAGUCGUUGCACUUUUGUCUUGUUUUAUUUUCCAGGAAAAAACGGAUGUCGAACCGCUCAUUCCUCCUAAGCUGUCAGAGGGCUUAGAGGCCAUCACAGCUAUAGCUAACAGAGUUCUGCGUGUCCAGGAACACUACCAAGUUCCAACAGAGGAUUCCAAAUCCGGUUUUAAAAUAGGCUUGGUAGAAGUAGUGUAUGAGUGGGCGAAGAGCAUGCCAUUUGAUCAGAUCAUGGCACUGACAGAUGUCCCUGAGGGCACCAUCGUUAGGGUCAUCACACGGUUAGAUGAGACUUGCCGUGAGGUUAGAGACGCUGCCCGCGUUAUAGGCGAUGCAGAGCUGUUCAAGAAAAUGGAGGAGGCGCAAGUGAAGAUUAAGAGAGACAUUGUAUUUGCGGCAAGCCUGUACUUCUAA